AUGCUCCGCCGUCGAAUGCUACAAGCGGUCAUUCAGAACCCACCUGCAUUCUGGCUCCACGAGUUUACAUUGCGAAGGCGAAUUCACGAAGUUGGAUGGAGUACCGACCAGAUUCAGAUCCCAGGAGAUGAGAAUCCAGCGCAUAUUCUUCAAGGCUUCUUACAACGCCCAGGUGAUGUCGACAUUGGGCGAUUCUUAGGCUUGGUUCAGCCGCAGCGGUUCGUGGGAACAAUGCUUGACCACGGAAUUGAGGAUCAUCUUUUUCCUGGACUGAGUCUUGCCGUCGAGAGGCGGAGGAAGAAGAAGAAGAAGAAGGAUACAGACAGCAACAAGAAGAAUCACGAUAGGACAUUGAAGAUUGUUAGUAGGAGGAAGAAGAAGAAGAAGAAGAAGAAGAAGAAGAAGAAGAAGAAGAAGAAGAAGAAGAAGAAGAAGAAGAAGAAGAAGAAGUUGAAAAGGGUAUCCAUAGAUGUGUCAAUAACUACUAAUGUGUUAUGUUUUGUUGAGGGUUAG